UUCAAGGCGGCUCUUUCUCUCUCCUCUUUCCCCAAAUUCUUCCCGCCACGAUUUCUCAAUCUCUCUCUCUCUCUCUCGCUCGAUUUUACCAGACAAAUUCAAAGUUCAAUUCUACCUUGAAUUUUACUCAUCGAAGUUUAAUCGAAUUUCUGACAGAUUUCAAUUGUUGAUGUCUUGAUGAAUUUCACUUGUACGGUUCUGCAUGUCCAAUUAUAACGCAUAAACCCUAGAUUUUUUCCCCUCGUUUGUGUUUUUUUUUUUGGGCUUUUAAUGUUUUUUUUCUGGUUGAUUUAAACUAGUUUAUCUGCUGUGGACGUUUUUGUAAAUAAUUCUUGGGUUAAUUGGUAGUUUUGAAAUGAUAAAUUUUAUUUGAAUUUGUUCUUCUGGUGACGCGAUGGAAUUUGCAGAAGAAAGUUGAGGCAAGAUGAAAGCUUCAGGUCAGCGGAAGAGAAAGGUAGGAGAGGUUUCUGAAGAGAAUCGGAAAAGUAUUGGUGCGGUAAUGAAGAAAUCUGCAAAUGGAAGCUGUAAACGGCGUCCGAAACCAGCAGGGGAGUGUAAACUUUUGUUGCCCAAAAAUGACCUAAAGGAGAAACCUUCAACAACUGCUCAUUCACCUGGUGAAACAACUAAAGUUACUAACCCAUCUAAUAAGGAAACAGCGAAGGUUCAAAACGUCAAGGUUCAGAAGGGAGACAGAUUGACUUCUUCAAAGAUUAAAUUGCAGCUCUUUCCAGUAAAUUCAAUGACUCGGUUGAAGUUGGAGAAGGAUGGUCAUAAUCCAUUCUUGGAACUCACUCUAAGUGUUCAGAAGAAAGUUUCAUCUGUGAUUAAGCACCUUAAUACCAAGUGGGGCUGUUCUAGUGCAGCGCUUGGAGAGCUUAUGCUUUUUCCCUAUGAUGUAAGAUUGGAAAACAUUGCUUCAUCCAGAAGCUGGACUUCAGAUUGUGGUAGCUUUACCGCUGGAGAGCUGCAUGAGGCUCUAGAAACUCCUUCAAUUUUUCGCUUAAAGUAUGGAUGGUUCACUAAUCUUCAUGUGGAGGCUUGUGGGGUUUCUCUUACAUCUACAGCUACGGAGGAGCAGUCAGAAUCCAAGCAUAGUCAGAACGACUGCAGUUUGUUUUCAAGGAUGACACAUGAUCAAAGGAAAACUAUUACUGCUGCAAGUCAAGGGAUCCAAAGCCCAAUCAACAUGCAUGAAGAGGAGGAUGUAGCCAGAACUAAGCAGAUGCCAACUUUGUUAUCUGUUGACCAUGUGGUCGUCAAUGAUGUUCCUCUACCCCCAGCAGUAUCAUGGGAUGACAGCUUCACUAGCUUGAGCAUAGGAGGUUUGCUAUCUGAAGCUUCUUUGCUAAAUAAGAUAAAUAAUCCCACUGAAGGAUCAGACAACAAAUCCAACUUGCAGCCUAUUGAGUUAGUUUCUGAUAUAAGCAUAGGAGCUUUGCUGUCUGAGGCAUCUUUGCUGGACAAGAUCAAUAAUCAUGAACAGAGAUCAUGCAAGUCUUUAAGCUUCCAGCUAACUCAGCCAGUGUCUGAUUCAUGUAGAAGGGACUUGAUGUCUGGGGUGUCCUAUCAAUGCAAUGUUGAGAACCCUGAUUUGAAGGCAGAAAAUGAAAAAGGAUUUCAGCCUGUUUACUCAGCUUCAGAAAUAGUUAUUGGUGGCUUACAGUCUGAAGAAUCCUUGCAAGGCAAGAUUAAUGCCUUUGAUGCAGCAUCCAGCAGGCCAGGACCGAAGCCAACUAUGGAGAAUGGAGCUUCACAAUUUUUAUUUCCAUGGGAUGAUAGUAUGAUAUCCUUGAGUAUUGGAGGCUUGCUCUCUGAAGCAUCCUUACAACGGUACUUUAGUUGUUGCAACCCAAAGUCAAAAGAGGCUGCAUCAAGCGUUACCUUAAAUUCAUCUGAACCUUUUGCUGCCUCACAACUUAAUUUACAUCCUCCAGCGCCUAAGUCACUUGUACCUGACUCAUUCUCUUCUAUCUUGGAUGCUGAAGAGACAUGCCAUGCCUUUUCCUUUGAAAAUCUCUCUUCAUCAAGAAAAAAAUCUAUGACUUCUGAUGGAGGAGACAAAUCUACGGGAUCCUGCAAUGCCUUCAAAUCAAAGACAUCCACACCGCCUCAUACAAAUGAGCUCGACGAACCAAGCCAAGCUUGCAAAUGAUCCUGCUGACCAGAAACUGAUGACUAAAGUUUUGCCUCAUCGUCAAGGAGCGUCUGAUGAAGCCAGCAGCCUUGGGCUAAGAGCAAAUAAAUGCAACGAGUUCAUGGGACCCUUUGAUCCGAGUCUACCCACUGCACUGCAGGUUACUACUGGUGGAGACGGUCUUAGUCUCAGCGGAUUUGUUUGGUAGCUCUCAAAUUUCUGUGGUGAAAGAAAGCAAAUCAACUUGAAACCACUUGAGGAAAAAGUUCUAGAAACUGAGAAAUUUGUGUUUCCUUACCUGGUAGUAUUGCAAAGACAGAUUUGGUUCGUUGUGUAGGAGGAAUGAUAGUUGCAAGGAAAAUUUGCAAAUUGACCAUGGCAAGAAUUACAUCUUGCUUUGGAUCAUAUACAAAUUAGGAAAUCCCCAAAUUGGGAUUUCAGGUAUAGAUUAGUUAAUGGUAUGUGAAUUUUGGUGUCUUCACCACAUUUUUAAAAAUUAGAGCAAAGAGAUUUUUCUUGUGAGUUGUGACUGCCUGGUGGUCAGAGUUACAGUUAAGCAAUUAAAGUUGCUGAUAAAUAUCUGAUACUUGGCCGAACAAUUUGGUGUUGUAUGAGGGUCGAGAAUACGCAGUAUCCAUUAUAACUUUCUGAUC